AUGAGUAAAUCAAUACCAGGAUCCACCGCCGUCCUGGUAUCAGUCUGGUCACAUGGUGGCAAAUCUCCCUCUGAUCCACGAGGGCGGCGAGUACCUGUGGUGGUGACGACUUGGGCAGACUUUGGCCAAGCUGACCUCAGGACUCCAGGAAACCACAAUGGUUACACCAACAAGAAUCCGAAGAAAACAGAAAUUAUGCUUGGGCCCACACAACCAAUGAAGAUUGACCAUCCAAGCGUCCAAGAUUUCAUCAGUGAGCUUGAGGAACUUGAUGUCUACUUCGUGUCUGGAUUUUUAUGGUCUAAAGAGCGCUCGAGGAAAACUGCUGCGUAUGAAGUUAUUCAUCGCCGCAAUGAUCUUGAGCGAGGAGCAAAACUCGAAAGCCCGAAAAUGGUUAUAAAAGCUGUUGUCUUUGACAUGGGAGGCGUUUUAAUCCCCACUCCUACAAAUUUCAUUGAAGAUUUGGAGCAGAAGAACGGAUUUGCACCGGGAUCACUUCUCUCUACACUUCAUAAAGCGAUGCUUUCUGAACAUUUUAAGGCUCUUGAAAAGGGCGAAAUCACAGCCGAAGACUUCGAUCCACUAUUCACUGAUUUGUACAACAAAGAAGUAUGGCGAUUAGACUAA